GGAAUUCUUUCUUUCAUGCCCUUCCGCAGCCUCUCUAGCACUCUCUUUGUUGUUCCACAAUACGACUGUUCUUCUCGAACCUCCGGCACGGCGAACUGACUGACUCUCUCACACUAUCCUCUCCUCUCACCAUUCUCGGCUUGGAGCAGCAUAAGUUAAACUAAGGAAAAAUGGGUAUCAUAGAAAGGAUUAAAGAAAUUGAAGCUGAGAUGGCUCGCACCCAAAAGAAUAAAGCCACAGAAUAUCAUCUGGGUCAGCUGAAAGCAAAGAUAGCAAAGCUAAGGACACAGUUAUUGGAGCCUCCAAAAGGUUCUAGUGGAGCUGGAGAGGGUUUUGAAGUCACAAAAUUUGGUCAUGGACGUGUUGCAUUAAUAGGAUUUCCCAGUGUGGGAAAGUCAACACUCCUGACAAUGUUGACAGGAACACAUUCUGAGGCUGCAUCAUAUGAGUUUACCACACUUACCUGCAUCCCAGGUAUUAUCCACUAUAACGAUACUAAAAUCCAAUUGCUUGAUCUUCCUGGGAUUAUCGAAGGUGCGUCAGAAGGAAAGGGGCGUGGUAGACAGGUCAUUGCUGUAUCAAAAUCAUCUGACCUAGUGUUGAUGGUUCUGGAUGCUUCAAAAAGUGAAGGGCACCGGCAAAUCUUAACAAGGGAGUUGGAAGCUGUGGGUCUUCGUUUAAAUAAGAGACCACCUCAGAUAUACUUCAAAAAGAAAAAAACAGGCGGAAUUUCGUUCAACAGCACACUACCAUUAACUCAUGUGGAUGAGAAGCUCUGCUAUCAAAUUCUACAUGAAUACAAGAUUCACAAUGCUGAGGUCUUAUUUCGUGAAGAUGCCACAGUAGAUGAGCUUAUUGAUGUUAUUGAGGGAAACCGUAAAUACAUGAAGUGCGUUUAUGUCUACAAUAAGAUUGAUGUUGUUGGUAUUGAUGAUGUGGACAGAUUAUCCCGCCAACCAAACUCUAUUGUAAUUAGCUGCAACUUGAAGCUAAACUUGGACAGACUACUUGCUAGAAUGUGGGAAGAAAUGGGUCUUGUGAGAGUCUAUACAAAACCUCAAGGCCAGCAACCUGAUUUCACUGAUCCUGUUGUUCUUUCUACUGAUAGAGGUGGCUGUACUGUUGAAGAUUUUUGUAACCAUAUCCAUCGGAGCCUUGUGAAGGAUGUGAAGUAUGUGUUGGUAUGGGGCACUAGUGCAAGACACUACCCCCAGCAUUGUGGCCUCAGUCACAUUCUUCAGGAUGAGGAUGUGGUUCAGAUAGUUAAGAAGAAGGAGAAGGAAGAAGGGGGGAGAGGCCGGUUUAAAUCUCAUUCCAAUGCUCCUGCCCGUAUUUCUGACAGAGAAAAGAAGGCUCCAUUAAAGACAUAAGAACCCAUACAACAUAGUAAUGUCUCCUUUACAGCAUGUAUUUUGUAUUCACCAAUUACUGCACCAUCUUUUUCUGAAAUCUGGCCGGCGAAGACUAUAGCUUGAAAACGUUUUCACAACAUAACAUAUUGUUCUUUUGCAAAGCCCCUAGAGAACAGAGUGACUGUUUCCACCCUCAUCCCUGUGCAAUAUUCAGUUUGUCUAGCCCCUCUCCCCACAAGGCCCAAUACCCAUAUAACCAGUUCUUUUGAGCUUGGGCUAAUGGCCUUAUUAUUCUCCAUAUUUCCCUACUCUUCAAGAUGGAAGGACAAUGAUUGAUCUUACCUUA